AUGCAAUUAAAAUAUAGUAAGAUAAUGCUGCCAGAAAUCAAUGCGACAUAUGAUUUAAAUCAUACCAUUCGAAAGAAAUUAUUAAUACGUCGAGCGCUAACGUCUCGUCCAAAAAUGCAAAGUGUCCGACGUAUUCGAACAAUGAGUGUUAUGUAA